CAACCCUGGGAGCGCCGGGCUGCAGGGCUGCAGAGCUUCGGGUGGCGGCUGUGUGCGCGAUGGCGGAAGUUGGCGCCGGUGAUUGUGGCUGCGGUGAUGCCGAGAGUCAGAAACAGAGACCGAGUGGCAGGACCACGCCCGGGCGGGUGGCAAUGGAUCAAAUUAGUGAGCAAAUUAUGCAUACAGGGAAAACACUUUUACGUGAAUUCAUCGUGGAUCGAGCAAAUAGAGGAGUUGAUGGUUGUGAGCUGCAUUUAACUGCAGCUGAGCUUGGUGGUCGAGAAGAGGAACUGCAUAAUCCUGAUGUGAAACGCCUUGCCGUCUGCCUGAGACAGAUUGGGGACGAGCUUGAUGGCAACAGAGAAUUGCAAAGGAUGAUCGAUGGUAUUAGUGCCAAGUGUCCAAAGGAGACAUUUAUCAAAGUAGCCAAGGAACAGUUUGCUGAUGGAGUCAUCAACUGGGGGAGAGUGGUGACACUCUUUUACUUUGCCUGCAAACUUGUUGUGAAGGCCCUGUGCCAGAAGAUUCCAGACAUGAUCCAGACUAUAAUCAGUUGGACUAUGGAAUACAUCCAGGAGCACAUUCUACGUUGGAUUCGUGACCUUGGGGGUUGGGAAGCGCUGCUGGGCACCCCCACCUGGCAAGCUGCUGCCAUCUUUGGCCUGGGAGUCCUCACCACUUUGGCUGUGGUACGAUGGAAAUCUUCCUAAAGCAGCGUGUGGAGUCCAGGGGAGUAGUAGAGGAAAAUGUGCUGGCAUGACUGCACACUGCUCAAUGACCUCAAGCUGCCAUGGAUCGCCUGCCGGGCAGAUUCCAGAAAAUUAGACUUGUUUCUUGUCACCAGAUGAGGAAGUGCUCCUCUUUUUUUUUUGUCUUAAGGAAACCCUGUGACAAAGCUCCAUGUGUUUUCUCCAAGUUCCAACCCACUGUUGAGCAAGCAUUUUUUUUAGUGCGGGCUAAUAGGUAUUCUAUCAGUAUUGUGAGAAUCUAAACUGCACUUGCUUUAGCUGGGGUGGGUG